AUGCAUGUCACCUUACUGAUCUCGACACAUUUCCACCCAACAAGCAUUAUACUCCCGCCGAUUCUUGUUCUAGACCUGGAUCGCCCCAUCUUGGCUCUUGUUCUAAGACUUACUUAUUACAAUCUCCACGUACCCCACCGCUUUUCGAGUCUAUUGAUAAUUCUACUCAACCGGACGAAUUGCUUGACUUAUGCGACAAUUCCUCCGCCGGCUCAGACUCAGACUCAGACUCAGACGAUCCAUGCCUUACCACGCUGCCCCGCUUCCCCUCGGCAACGACCCCUUCCUUCUGACGCCAAAGAACCCCACCAUGACGAUCCAUACAUAGAAGACGACGACAAUGCUGAUACUUACCCAGACAACCCAGACAACCCAGACAACCCAGACGACCCCGAGGGAGUGCUGGUGGAGGAGCCUCCAAUCCGUGUCCCACCAGAUGAUGCCAAGGGGCCUCCCGGACCUCCGGGCAAUGAUGCAGGGGCCGGUAUGCCUCUAUUUGAUGCUCACCCAACUCUGCGGAACAUCUACUUGCGCACUUGGGCUCAGUAUGCAUUCAACCACGCAACACAGGACUCUGUCCAAGCAAUACUGGAGUCUCACAAAUUGGCACUUAUGGCCAACGCGCAAUACCUCCCCCAGCCGCUUGUCAAAGAGAUUUGA